AUGCGCGACCCUCCCGUUAGAUUGAAGGAAUCGAUAGCCAACAUCCGUGUCCAAGAUGAAACGGUUCCAGUUGUUCACGAUGAAACGGUUCCAGUCGUCCAAGAUGCAACUGUUCCAGUCGUGCAAGAUGAAACUCAUCCAGUCGUCGAAGAAAAAACUGUACCAGUCGUCCAAGAUGAAACGGUUCCUGUUUUCCAAGAUGAAAAUGAACCAGUCGUCCAAGAAGAAACGGUUCCUGUCGUCCAAGAUGAAACGGUUCCAGUCGUCCAAGAUGCAACUGUUCCUGUCGUCGAAGAGAAAACUGCACCAGAAGAAAAAAAAAAGAAGAAAAUUGUUGUAUAUGUCGAAGUGGAAACUGUUCCAGUCGUCCAAGAUGCAACUGUUCCUGUCGUCGAAGAGGAAACUGUACCAGAAGAAAAAGGGGAAAAAAGAGUGGAAAAAAAGAAGAGUAAAUGCACAACUUGCAAUUCCAAAACUCACCACAUUCGAGAUUGCCCGGAACCACACAUUUAUCCUUUUUUCCAAACUUGA